AUGUGGAUCGAAUGCACUUUAAUUAUUGGUAAAAUGAAAACUGAUCUAACAAAUCUAUCCUUUUUGAAUAUCAGGAUAAAGAACAUUUCUUUGAUUGGUGGUAUAUUUAUAAACUGCAACCUGAGAGGAACGGAAUUUGAUAUUGUAGAUAUUGAUGAAAUUAAUUUAAAUGGGGCGUUGCUAAUUAAUUGUAAAUGGAAGAACUUGAAAAUACAUGAAUUGAAUAGGUUAGAGGGUCAUAGUGAUUACGUUAGAUCAGUCUGUUUUCUCCAGAUGGUUAUACAUUUGCUUCUGGUAGUGAAGAUAAGUCUAACAGUCUAUGGGAUGUCAAAACAGGUUAAUAUAAAGCCAAAUUGGAUGGACAUAAAGGAAAUUUCUAUUCAGUAUGUUGCUCUCCUGGAUAGCAAUACAUUAGUUUCUGGUAGUAAUGUUAACUCUAUCAGUCUAUGGGAUGUCAAAACAGGAGAAUAAAAAGCCCAAUUGAAUGGCCAUUCUAACAUUGUCUAUUCAGCUUGCUUCUCAUCUGAUGGAAACACCUUAGCAUCUGGUAGUGAUGAGUCUAUCCGUCUCUGGGAUGUUAAAUAUGAUAGCAAAAAUUCAAAUUAGAAGGUUAUAAUAAAAUUGCCAAAUUAGUUUGUUUCUCUUCUAAUGGAAGAGCUUCUAACUUUGAAGAUUACUCUAUCUGUAUUUUGGAUGCUUAAACAGGAUAUUCAAAAAAAAUUUGAAGGUCAUACUAAUACAAUUAGAUCAGUGUGUUUCUCUAAUGAUGGAAAUUAAUUAGCUUCUGGUAGUGAUGAUAUGUCUAUCAGCUUAUGGGAUGUUAAAACAGGAUAGCAAAAGCCAAAUUGGAGGGUCACUAUAGCAUUGUGACAUCAGUUUGUUUCUCUCCUAAUGGAAGCACUUUAGCAUCUUGUAGUUUGGAUAACUCUAUUUGUCUAUGGGUUGUUAAAACAGGAAUUAACAAAGUUAACUUUGGUGAUCCUUUUGACACCGUUAGAUCAAUUUAUUUUACUCCCGAUGGUAAUAAGUUAGUAACUAACAAUGUUGAUGACAUAAUCUGA